AUUGCGGAACCUGGAGUCCAUGUUUACACAAGGGAGAGAGUUUACUUGGUAAACCUCAAACUGACGGCGAAACAUGCUGCAACUCUUUCUAAUCACCCUCACCCUUUUACCAUGGUUUCCAGCCUUCCUCUGCAGGGUAACCACCGAGGGGGAGCAUGCAGUCAUGGAGGGUCAACCUCUCACCGUCCCGUGUCAUUAUGGGCCUCAGUAUGCCGGCUAUGUAAAAUACUGGUGUCGGGGGAAGAUGAGGGAGUUCUGCACCAGUUUAGCUCGAACAGAUGAGCCCCGUUCGGCCAAUCCAGCUGAGGAGAAAGUGAGCAUCUUUGACGACCCGGUCCAGCUGGUGUUCACUGUGACCAUGAGCAACCUAAAGGAGGGGGACUCUGGGUGGUACAUGUGUGGCGUGGAGAUAGGUGGCGCGUGGAGCGCUGAUGAUGUUGCCUACACUAACAUUAAGGUCAUUCAUGGCAUGUCAGUGGUGAACAGCCGCCUGAUUGGGGAAGAAGGGAGUAGUAUCACAGUUGAAUGCCAAUACAGUGAGAGAUACAGAGAAAGCGAGAAGAAGUGGUGUCGGAGCGGAGACUGGAGCUCCUGUCUGCUGACAGGUUCUGACAGGAGCUACGAAGACACUUCCGUGGCCAUCAGCGAUGACAGAACUAGGACUUUCACUAUAACCUUAAAGAAGCUGAAGAUGAGAGAUACCGGCUGGUACUGGUGUUCCGCAGGGCAGCAGCAGAUAGCUGUGCAUGUGCUGGUCACAUCCCGACCCACUACCGUAUCUGUGACAUCCACACCUACAACAAGUCAAUCUGUUGCAUACCUGCCUCCACCCAAACCCAUCACUAAGGAGUCCUGGAACAGUCACAGCCACAUCUUGGAGUCUUUGGUGGUGUGUGCUUCUAUAAUGCUCCUUGUGGGCUUGCUCAUAUUGGCGAGAAAAUUGUGGAAACAGCACAAGCAGGAUCCUGUGCUGAGACAAGUUAAGGAGAUACAAGCAAGGCACAAUGAGUACUCAGGUGACCUGCAAAACUCUGCUGUCGUUUUCCUUAACAGGGACUCCCAGGAUGUACAUAUGUACUGAGCUUUAUCAGUGCAGGGUUUAUUUUUACUCUUUGUAACCAAAUUUAAUUUUGUGUCAGUUCACUGCACACAGCACAUGCUUUAUUUCCAGUGUCUUUUGUAUAUAACAUACCAGCACCACACAUGUUUUCUGCUCGCUGCUUUACAUAAUGCAACUGCUAUAGGCUGGAGAGCUUAUGUUAUGUGUGAUAUUAUGUAAUCAUCGUAGUGUAUUGUAUUUUUGUUGAAAUUCUGGGAUUUUAGCAAAUUGGUGGGGUUUACAUUCUGCAGUUAAACAUGUACUUUUUGCUGAAUCCAGUAUGCUUGAAUUAGAUUUUUAUUUUCAUAAAUACAAAAAAUCAAUAACUACAUAUUUGAUUGAUUAUUUCUCCACUACCUCCUAGUUGGCUCAGUAGGGCGCCAUCAUCUAAGCUGGAUCACCCAUCCGCAUCAAUAUUAGAUGCUCAGAGCAACUGCUCGACUGCAGCGCUGUACGAGGACGUAGUAUGAUGAGCGACAAUGGUAGGGAGUAGUAUAAAUAGCGAAUAGGAGGACGUUUUUGGGGGGUUUAUGGAUCGCACAAACACAGGAUUUUUACCCGGGAGACUGGUGUUUAUGUCCGGUUUUAAACCAAAAAUUCAACUUUGACUUUUUUUAAAUUACGUAAGCUAUGUAAGUUAACUUUCUUAUUUAAUGUAGUUUUGUUGCCUAAACCUAACCAAGUAACGUUAGUGUUGUUUUAAUUUACAGAGCAUUAAAAAGUGAUAUCAAUAGGGUUGUGACCAAGCCAGUAGCAACUGUUGCUAUGUGAAUGGAUGAUUCCGUCCUCAUACCUAAGCCUAAACAGGUCGUUAACGUAGUGAAACAGUCACAGUUUGGUUAGGUUUAGUCAGCUAAACUACUUAGUUAAGUUUAGAAAAAGAUUGUGGUUUGUGUUAAAAUCACUACAUUUGUUAAGUUACUUGACUUCUGGUUACGUAAAAAGUGACAUAGUUCUGUUUGUUAAGUACAUUUAAAAUGACUCGCCAUUUACAUUUCUUUUCAAACAGGACACGUACACCAGUCUACUGGGGGAAAGUUGUUUGAUUCAUCCACCUCCCCUCUGGCCCACCCUUAACGUUUUUUCUAGGUCUUAAUCACAUUACAUGACAAGGAAUUUCCUUGAAACAACUGCUCCAUUUUAUAAAACUUGCAGAAUAUAUGAAUUAUCAGCUCAUUCAAUAAAAAAGCUUAAGAUGUACAACAUUUUAGGACAUUUUAGAGACUUCUUUUUGGUCUUUUUGAACUCAUGACCUCAGUAUAUCUAAAAUCCUAGCUACAGCCCUGUUCAGAAGUCGACAUGUCUACAGUAUAGUGGUAGAAACGUAUUAUACAUGAAGGACUGGUUUGUGCAUUGUCAUUGUUUGGUAUUUUGAAAGGCCUCAGAGUCCUUUACACUUGGCAUACUAUAUGUGAAGAGGCUUUGGGUGUGUGUGUGUGUGUGUGUGUGUGUGUGUGUGUGUGUGUGUGUGUGUGUGUGUGUGUGUGUGUGUGUGUGUGUGUGUGUGUGUGUGUGUGUUCCUGACUCCCAUAAUGAAUAGUACAUUGUUUUGCCUCCUCCCUGGUGACGUGAAUAUAUAACAGAUUCUGUGUGACGUAAGGCCUACUCAAUAACGCUGAGCGAAAGUAAUGUUCCUUUACAUUUUUGAUAUGUCUGUGUCCAUGCAUACAUGCUGCACCAAGAUCUUCUCUGUUCCAGACUGCUGUUUUUUUGCUUCUAACUGUUGCACAGAAAAAAGUCCAAUGUGAAUGAGUUAUAAGUGCUAAGAUGGUAAAUCUUGUCCGCACAGAAACCCAAUGGGACUGACAGUAAAUUUUCAGUUUUGGUUACUAUUAUUUUUAACUAGACUGCUGUGUUGUAGCAUAAAAUGAGAAUGAAAUGGCAAAUUAACACAUUUAGGCUUGGAUAUAUGGUCUGUUUGACAGAAUUCAGACACUAUUUACAUUGUUACAAGACUUACUUAUUUUAAGAAAGAAGUGAGCAAAUGAAGACAGAAACCAUUAUAGGGAGUUCACAAAUUAGCUCUGCAAGAGAACAGCUCUAUAUUUUAUGCUUGAACUGUCUGCUCUCAUACUGAACCUCAAAGGAUGUGUUAGAAUUGUAAAUUGAACAAGCUAAUGAGAUGGCAAAACCGCCGUGGAACCAACUAGAGCUUGGAACUCUUAGUAAUAAGUUUGCCUUCCCUUCAUAUGAGAAAAAGCCAUUUUGUUGUCUGUGAUACAAAAAAAAAAAAUGGAAAAGUAAAAUUACACCUUUCUGGUGUCAUGUAUGCUUAGAUUGCUUGCACCCAUUUCCACCUCGUGGACUCAUAUCAUGCUUUUCAAGAGCUUUCAUCGCUUAUGGCCAGUGCUGCUGCUGCAGGAAAUGUGAAUUUCACCAGCUUUUAUUUGAUGCUUGGUUCGAAUCACAAGUAGCCGAAUCGUUUUAACCCUCUGUUGCGACCACAGUAAAUUCUGCAUUCAGUUGCUUGCUGUUGAUUAAGUCGACUGAGUCAUCUGUAUACAUUUAUUCAUAACGCCAUUCUGGGCAAACUCCCAUCAUCUCUUUACCUAUUUUACAAAUCAAACAUUAUCUCAGAUCACAAGCCAUCUACUUCCUGUUCCGUAAGGUUUGGAUAGAAAUGGAAAAGAAAAGCUUCAUGUUAUCUGACAGAACACAAGACUAUUUGAAUACCUUUACAUGUUUUUAGUAUUGUAUAGUAUAGUAUCUGUUACCUGAUUUUGGUUGGUUUUGUCUACAACCUAAUGCUGCCAUCUUGCAGGUCUCUUUUUCAAAAGAGGUGUCCACUUCAAUGGGACUUAAAUUAAAAUUAGAGCAACAAGAUACAACUACAUCAUUAGCCAUGUAAAUAAGGAUUUUUCUUUCAUAUCAUCCCAGUAUAAUGAAACGUUUCUUUGUAUGUAAUAAGUUAUGGCUGUAAUUGCUAUUUACAUUAUCCACUUGGAAAUGAUUGCAUUUGAAAUGUCAUGGCUUUUACUCCUCCUAAUUAAAUACCUGUCAUUCACUGG